AAAAUUUCCGCCAGACGUCCUCAAUCCAACCACAGCCAAACCAUCUCGAGUUUUCGCCGACCACCCUCUCGACGACACCGCCCACCCGCUCGACAACCGCCAUCAUGUCUCACGAGUCUGUCUGGAACUCCCGCCCCCGCAACUACGGCAAGGGCUCCCGCUCUUGCCGUGUCUGCAAGCACACCGCCGGUCUCAUCCGCAAGUACGACCUCAACCUGUGCCGUCAGUGCUUCCGUGAGAAGGCCAAGGACAUCGGCUUCAACAAGUACCGUUAAAUUGUCCAAAACUCCGAGACGGCAAAGGAUGGGAACUUGGUGAAGGUGGUUGGGCAUGAGUGGCCCGUGGAAAAAUGCAUUCAGACAAGAGGGAAGGCUUCCAAGGGCAAUUGGAGUUCUUAUGGCUGGCUUAACGGAAAGUGCAAAAAUCCGUCGGACGUCCAACUGAGGAUAGACGAAUACCACGACAUUGAACCUUUUACCACCAUCCAAAAUUUUGGGGCCCUCAAUAUCAAGCAAAGAAAGACUGAGCUGAGCUGCGCGUGAAGACGGCACGACUCACCUGUAGCUUGUGAAACCGCGCGACGCCUGGGUACCAAGCAGCUAGCUAGUAUGGCCCUUCAAGUUCUGGGGAUGUAAUUGAUGACUCGAGGUUUAUCAAGUAACACGAUG